GGUCCAGGUCGUCCGGUGGCUGAUAGUUAGUCUCUCAGCUUCAUCAAGAUGCCAAGGCUGGAUGGUGGGUUUGUUGGAAUGUCGAAAGCGGUGGCAAUAGCUACGACUGUGCCUGGUGGAACCGGGGCAGUCGCGUCUGCGUUGAUCCUGGACGAGAUAGAGUAUUAUCGAGCUGGCAUUGGGUGUGUGCUGGAGGACAACCCGGAAACAGGCGACAUUCGCAUAGGAAAGAUCGUGCCGAAGGGAGCGGCAUCGAACACAGGGCUGUGCGAGGGAGAUGUGUUGGAGCAAGUGGACGAGCAUCCGAUCUACAAGGGCAUGUGCCUGAAGCAUCGUACCUUGCGAGUUCGCCGCGGAGAAGCAUAUCGCGCGACCAUCCGCAUCGUGAGACAGCGAGUCCCCGGGAGCGAGACGGAGAUGUUGGGAGCUCUGUGGCAGAAGAACCACCACAAGCCCAAAGAACCCAAAGUGGCGACCAAGGAGGACAAGCUGGAGAAGCUUGUGUCUCUGCGUAAGAGAGGGCUGAUCAACGACGUGGAGUUCGAGCAUGCGCGCCUGCGUCUGAUGGAGGGCCGGGAAGGGGAGCUGCCGAAACAAAAGGCCAGUUUCUCGUACACCCAUAUGUUCCAGACGCUGCAGUCGGACUUCGAGAAGUUGUUCACUGAUCCAGAAAUCUUGAGGAGGAGGCAGAUACAGCAGAACGCGCAGACGGGAUCUGACUUGCUCCUGUGACCUCGUCCUGCUCGAGUUACCACCGUCGUCGAUGUACUAUAAACCUUCUCCUUCCUUUCCUCGGCAGGGAGCUGCUCGUGUGAUGCAGAGAGAGGGGGCAAGGCAGGUGAGACGUGCCGUUGCCUUCCUGUAGCUUCAGAUUACUGCGAGUGUUUCUACUCAUCGUGAUCGCUGCCAUAGUUGAUUUCUGAUUGAACGUUUUCAUUUUCUCG